AUACGGAAAUCAUCGAAACCUGUCGGUUUUUUAUCAGCGUUUCUUUUUUCCGAGCGUCAUGUUUGCGACUGUAAAAGCGCAAUCGCGGCAUCGUUCCCUGAGCCUGAACGCGCAGUUUCAGGAAGGCCAAAACAACAUAGAAAGUGGAGGAUAUUCCAGUCGGAAGCAAUCAAGUUCAAGAUGAGGUUCAGCCUCAUAUUUUUGGUCCCAGCAACUAUUCUGCUAUCACCUUUCCAGCCAGAUCUGUUGUGUUUAUCAGCAGGAAGUUUAAAGUGGUGGGGUCCAAGGAGAUGUAGUCCAAGUGGUUGCAUGCAAUGGAUGAGUCGGGGGCUUUUGAAUAGAUGCAGAAGAAGUUGCAACGAUGCUCAAGGCUACUACUUGAGUCGAGAUGGACAAGACUUUCAUGCGGCCUCAACACCGUUUAUGUAUCGGCUUGUGCAGUGCCGUUGUUCACCAUCCAAAGCUCUGAAGAAACAAAUAAGCCACACUUUCGACGAGCAGGUUGCCAAUUUAUACGAAAAUUAUGCAAACAGCGGAGAGUUAAGCACAGCGAGAACCCUUUUACUAAGGAAGGCUGCGGAAAAAAGAAUACAACCUAUUGUUUUCUACACGGCGGAUGAGCUUCAAAAGUCACCACUGCUAUAUCCAUUCGGCAGAGAGAGAGAGAGUGGAGAAUCGGUUUGUGUAAAUCAACCAAUCGACUGGAUCUAUACACAUCGUUACCGACAAAUUGGUCGGUCAGAGGUGAGCUGGCCACUCCGCCUAGAAAAUAGCUAUGUUCGUUGGCUAAAGGUGAGCGGAGGCAAGUGGUCCGCAAUGCAUCCUUUACCGCUCCCUGUAUGGGGAACACCACGGCAACCGUAUGAAAUUAAUUCUAUGGAGGAUUAUAAAAGAUUAGUGGCUGCAAUCGAACCUGUGUUGAAAAAUGUAUUGAAAGAUAAUAACUACGACCUCUUCACUAAUCUUAUUUUGUUUUACAAAGCGUACAAAGGGAGCAAGCGACAGGAACUCGGCAAAUUCAUCCGAUGGUACAUCCCACCGAUACGGCCCAAUUAUCACACCUGUGUUGGGCAAGUGCUGGAACUCAUGAACCGCCUCGGGAACCUAGAGUCUCGCUUUCCAGGCCUCACAGAAAAACUCUUCAUAGCAUCGGGACAAAAGCGCGUACCAAAUUUUGAAAGUUACCUAAAGCUAAAUCUAGAGCCGUCACUUGUGGAGAAAUAUCACGUUGUGGUUGCCUUGAAUAUCAAGAUCAAAUACGGAAACAUUUACAGAAAUGGGGUCCUACUUCUCGAGCCUGGUUUCCAAAUCGCAAGCGUCAUAACAGUCAUGGAAGAUAGAAACCACCCGCACACAGGACUCUUCACCCAGAAAAAGGAUUUAAACCGCAUAAACAAGCACGAGUACUCAUUCAGUGGAUCUGAUUACAUCAUUUGGGUCGCUACAGAAAAUAUAGGCACGCCUAAUGAAAGAACUUUGAAAAGGAUACUUUAUGUGGGCAAACCAUUUUACUCGCCUGUGGAUGUGACCGAAAGAAGAAUGUUGUGUUUCAAUUUUCGUGCAUUGUUGUCGACGGAUGAAAAUGGCCAAAUAAUCACCGGGAUGUAUUUUGCAAUCCCUUCUGAUCCUAAAAAAGCCCCUGGCACAGCACUGACUCUCUUUUACACAAUAGAUGGUUCCCCGCAAAUGUUUCAAAUACCGUUCGAAACCUUUGGCUCUGAUCCGAUGGAAAAAAAGUACGCGGAUGCAAUCGAAAUUAGCAACCAACGGUUGAACUGGCCGGACAAUUUGUUGAUGUCCCGGCUCAAAACGGUGAGACAGAUGCUGAACGACGAAAAUUUUAUACGUCAGAUGAUGGAAUUGCAUGAAAUCUUCGACCGGAUAACACAAUUGAAAUAGGUAAUUUGGCACAGUGAUGAUGGGCGAUCACAAAGUGCUUUCAUUAAUUAAUCAAUCAGUUUGGUCCGCAAGCUUUUACUUAUAUGUUUCCUCAUUUACUAUUUGUGCCUUGUCUGUCGUCUGACGUAUCUAUUCUGUCGCAUAAAAUUUUCCCUCCACUUUCUGAUCUCAAUAUCCUUACUUUCAAAGUUUUCUCAUGAAAUCCCUCUCUUCUUCAAACGAAUUAAUCUCCAAAUUUAAUGUAUUCUUUCCUAGUCCUAUCUUUUAAUUUUGUGUACUACCCUUUUGAGACCCCUACUUUUUAAUGUUUUUAAAGUCUGUACUACACUAUUUUGAUCUCUCCUGUACGGUGUUAAUGACUCAGAUGUUAAUAUCACCAAAUAAACGGAUCUACCAACCAACCACUCUUAUCCUUUCGUUCAUUAAUACUUUUCCGAUGUUAAGGCAUCCCGUAUAAGUAAACUCAUUUUAAUACUACUGCUCCACAUUUUGCUGAUUUCAAUACCAUAUUAUCAAAAUAUGUUAACCAAAUACCUUCAUUGUUCAGGAAAACUAAUCUCUAAAUUCGAUCUAUUCUCUCCUUUCCUCAUUAUUAGAGCGAAUUUCUUUCCCACUCUUCCUUUCUAUUUAUUUGUCUUUUCCUACCCUUUUUUGACUUAUUAUUACUCUUUCUCUCUCUAUCGCUCUAUCUUCUUUAAGGUGUUCAUAAUUUCGUUUUAUUAAGCCACUUUAAAUAAACGUAUUUGCCAAUUAACCAA